UGUAGAUUGCAAACUGAACCUUCUGAAUUCAUCUAUAUCUACUACUCUGCCAGAGAAGACAGUGUCCAGUCUUGUGGAUGAUCUGAUGGACUCUCCCCCAGACAGACUGGCCUCCAGGGGAGAUGCUGUGCUUCAGUCCACUGAGGAACUGGUGUCCACCCUGGCCAAGCCCACAUUCACCCAGUCCAGCAGAAACCUCACCACCAACACCACAGCUGUGGAGAUCCUGAGCAUUGGGCCGAACACAUCCCUGACUGGAGUCUCUCAACUGAUGACCUCUAAUGUUAGUGUUGACAUCGACCUCCUGGGGAUCGCUCGCAACAACAACGGUUCAGCAUCAGUGGUGGUCAUAGUGUACAAGAGGAUGCAUGAAGUCCUCAAUGCGAGCCACUUCAAGAAAGAAGACAGUGGAGCCACAGCGACAAUGAUGUCCAACGUGGUCUCCAUUACUUUACCAAAUACGCAUAUUAAGACACUACCACAGCCCAUCAACAUCCGCAUGAAACACCUCAAGAAUGUGAGUGUCCAGGACAAGCGGUGGUGUGUGUACUGGAAAGUCUCUUCCUGGAUUCAAGAUGGCUGCCGUGUCAGUGCGACCAACUCCAGCCACACUACCUGCUCAUGUGAUCACCUCUCCACCUUUGCCCUCAUCAUGACGGUCGAUGACAACUUAAAGAGUGACCCUGUGAUGAGCAUUCUGAACACCAUCUUGGUGCUGAUUGGCCUGCUGUUCCUGACCUUGGCGGUGAUGACCUUUGCCCUCUGUCGAUGGAACCCCAGGGUGUCCAACGUGGCUCGCCUGAACCUGUGUGUGUGUCUGCUGCUGGCCCAUAGCCUCUUCCUACUUACACAAAACUUUAUCCGACGAAUCAGAGCCCACCAGGUUCUGUGCAGCGUCCUGGCUGGAGUUCUGCACUUCCUCUUCCUCUCCUCAUUCGUCUGGAUGUUCAUAGAGGCCGUGAUGCUCUUCCUGUCUGUACGGAAGCUCAGGCAGGUCAAACCUAGCGAGAGGGUGUGGCUACAGUGGAAAGUCACCGUCCCAAUUGGUUACGGGUUUGCUCUAAUCAUUGUGGGCGUGUCUGCUGGAGUGAACCCUGAAGGACACGGCAGUGAGAAGUGCUGGCUAGUGGAGGGCUUCAAAUGGAGUUUCCUUGGCCCUGUUUGUUUCCUCCUUGUUGUCAACACCAUACUCUUCGUCAUCAUCCUCAUCACCAUCCAGUCUACUCUGAAAGGUGUACGCAGCGACGUCUCAAAGGUCAAAUACACAAGGGUUCUGCUGUUCAAACUGACAGUCCAGUUCCUCAUCCUGGGUUGCCCCUGGUUACUGGGCAUGGGGGCAGCCACAAGUCGGGUUCUAGAGGUUCUCUUCCUGUUCCUCGCCUCCCAGCAAGGAACCGCCAUCUUCCUCAUCCACUGCCUCCUCAACACAGAGGUGCGGUGUCAGUACAGGAAGUGGUGGCAGAGGUUCGGGCUGUCCAGCAAGCAGCCAGAGUCAGGAACUGGGACAGGAUCAGGAACAGGAACUGGCUCCAUCAGUCUGACCCAACAGCCAAGCAGGGACACUUGAACACACAUUGCCCACACAUGCAUGCCCGCACACGCACA